UUUUUAGUUAAAUCCAAUUUUAGUGGUGUUGUGUAUUCUGUAUUACUAACAGUAGUAGUAGUAGUGAUACUACGUUAGUCUGCUAUAUUUAAUUUUUUGAUAAACAUUUCAACCUUUGUUUCUUUCAUUUAUUUAACCAAAAAUGGUUAUUAAGGUAUUUGUUUCCGGCAUUUCUGCAAGUAAAGAGGUUAAAAAGCAUCAACAAAGAGUUUUUAUGAUACUGGAUUCUUUGAAGUUGAGCUAUGAGACCAUUGAUAUCACAGAACCAGGAAAAGAAGAUCAACGUACCUAUAUGCGAGAAAACUGUAAAAAAGGUGCUGGAGGAGGAGUCCUUCCACCUCAGUUCUUUAAUGAUGAAGAUUACCUUGGGGACUAUGAAGACUUUGAAUUGGCAAAUGAAGAUGAUGAACUUAUGAAGUUCUUGAAGUUAGAAGACCAAGUUUCUAAGGAAGAUAUUACAUCAACUGAAACUAAAUUUCAAGCUACAGAGCCAGAAAACGCAGAUGAAUUAAUUUUUCAAAAUGGCACAGGAUCUCGAGAGGUUUCUGAACCAAAAGAAGAAGUCACUGAGUCUUCCAAAAAAGAAGUUACAGAAGAGGAAAAUGUAUCUGAAGAACACCAGGCAGCAACUGAAGAAGAACCUGAAACAAAGGAAGGUGAGGCUAUUUCAGAAGGUGAAUGCUUGGGAGAGGAAGAGGAGAAACAUGAGCAACGUAUAGGCAAUGAAGAAAAUGUAACAGGCAAAACAUGAUGAAGUGACUUACCCAAGUUGGUUCAUAUUGCCCGUUGCUGAGGAGCAAGUGAUCAGUGUGACAUCAUUUGCAUGGAAAUGUUGAAGCUUGAAAUAGAACUGAUUUGUGAACUUUUUUUUUCAAUAUAUGCAAACCCACUCAUUAAAACUGUAAACAGAGGAGUACAACACUUUCAUCAGCUGAGUGAAAUAUUAUUUGACCUUUAGAAUUUUGAUGAAAAACAUCUGUGUUAUGCAUUUUAGAAAUCAUUGUAAAUGUUUCUCAGAACAGUUAUUGAGUGGGUUUGCAAACUUUUAUUAACACAAUUUACUGAUAAAGCAUUGAUUUCUACUUACAUCUAUUAUUAUACAUAUGUGUACUAAUUCAGGCAUGGUUAAUAAUUAAUCUUCAUCUUUGUUGUUUUUUCCAGAUUUAAUUAACAUUAGCUUUAUCAGUAACAUUUGACUUGUGAUUAUUAACAGUGACCUCUUUGCUUUUGUAGUCAUUGGUGUAAUUGUCCUUAUAUGUUCAUGCAUGCAAAAAUCUUGAAAUAUUAAUGAAAAUAUUUCCCCAAAAUUCAGCUCAGUGAUGGAUUAUAAUUUUCUAAAUACUGGGUUUGGAUUUCGUAGUAGAUAACCAAAAUUAACUCGCCCUUAUUUUUGUAUGAUUGAUAAUUUCACACACAUGUAAACAUAAAAUUUGUUACAAUAACAAAUCCUUAAGCUCACAAUAAUUAUUGUCUGGGUAAAAAAUACGUAAACAUUUUAUUUUAAAAAAUGAUGUUUUUCAAUCUUCUACAUGUGUAAUCAAAAUACAACCAGUGCUGAAAGACAGAUUUUUUACUUACAUUAAUUAGAAUUCAAUGACGAAAGCAAGGAAUCAUUGUGUGAAAGAAAAUUGAAAUUAAAUAAUUCUAUUGAACCUUAAAUAAAAUUUAGCAAUAUUCACAUCAAAAUCUGUUUGGAGGCAAGGAAAACCUCUCUUUCAUGAAGUUUCCAAUCCAAGACUAAAGCCUUUAAUUUUUGAAUAUAUCGCUGUCCUUGUUAAGGAUUUCAGAGUUUUGCUUAAAAUGUUAGUAAAGCAUGUAUGUAAUUAAAGUCAAAUAUUAAAUUUAUCAUUGGAACACAAUUCGUAGUGUUGGAUUACCUUGAAGGACAGUAUAUAAUUUUUUGACUUACAUAUAAUUUGAAAUCAUGCGUACUUACUGGUAAUAUCUUUUAGUCACAUAUGUGGUUGUGAAAAACGAAAAGACUUAAUACACACGAACCAGUAUCUAACGUAGUUGACUUUACUAGCUUUAAUUGUUUUUAACAAACUUCCUGCAGUUAUUUCUGGUUUCAUUAAGCAGUAUUUCAAAUGAAUUUUAUUAAUAAAAAGUACAGAACUCGAAUGAAAAAUAUUUGUUUGUCUUGAAUGAUUGGAAAAAUUCUGUUAAGUUACUUCAUUAUUUUGAACCUUUCAUGUUUGUGCCACAUGAACAAUGCUUUUUAAAGUUGAGUAGCUUAUACAAGUGUGCAGGCUUAAAAUGAUAAAAGUUUUAAUUUUCUUAAUAUUUCUUUUUUUAAGUAUAAAGUAAACAUUUCUAGCCAUAUUGAAAACAUAAUGAGAAUUAUCAGUUCAGUUUCAACUUGUUUUUGUAGUGUCAUUAAUACAAUUUUAUAAAUGACAAACGUAUCUCUUGUAUAUUUUUUUUUGUGCCAUUUUAAUUAGGUAGUUCGUGAAAGACAUUUAAUGAAAACAACGGAAGAAGUUAAUAUUUUUUUCACCUAAAGUAUUUUUCAUAUUACCUUUUGCAGAAAUGAUUCUCAGUUUUCCUACGAUAGCUGUUAUGUACUAUGUAACACAGUUAUCCGUAAAAAUCAAGAUAAAUUUUACGUUGGUGCUAGUCAGUUAUUCUUGUUGUGGACACAAAGAGGUGAUUCUCAUUGAAAAAGGUGGAGGAAGAUCUCUGCCUGUUUUCAUUGAAUUUAAUUGCUAUUCAAUUUCUAAAACCUACAAUUAGAAGAUCCUAGUGGCUUACUCUCAGAUAGGCUGUCUGGAACAAAUAUUCUUAAGUAUUCUAAUUAGUGUAAUAACUUAGAAAUCCGUUUUUGAAAAUUAUGAUAUUUUUGCAGCUGUUGUUAAUGUAUAACAUAAUUUGAAUUUGAUAAGUUAUAUGAAUGGACAGUUUUGUAGUUGUUAGUAUGCUUUCAUUGACUAUUGAAAUUAUUCUAUACUUAGUGGUAGGUAUUAAUGUUUUUUUUUUAACAUUAUACUCUGAUAUAAUUCUAUAUUCUCAUGUGUGCUCAAAAUAUUUUUUGACGUGUUUGUAUCAGUUUGCUUCACUGCCAGCUUUGAUAGUUUUAAACAUUUUACACUCCUGGUAUCGGAGUAAUGUUUGUACUGUAAUAUUUAAUGAACACUUCAUUAUUAAUCGUUUGCAUCAAAAUAUUUUGAUACUGAAAGCAGAAUGCAGUGAAAAUUAAUGCUGUUUUUUUUUUCAAAUAUAAAAAGUGUGAUGAGCAUACAAAAUUAGGUAUUAGGUCAAAACUUAAUAAUGCUUCUUAAAAUUUGUAAUUGAUGAUCUAAUGUAGUUUACAUUAUAGUUACAUAUUGAAAUAUAAUACAAAAAUAAAACAUUCUCUAACUUUUGAAGAGUAAACAAAAAUCGUAUCAUCAUUUCAAUUUGAUGUAUGAUUAUGAUAUGCUAAUCUUGAAAGCAUGAGGUAUGAUAUACAUAUAUAAUUAUAAACUACAAGUGUUUAUAAUGUAAAACCUUCUGUGCCAUUAGUUUUCAGUUUUAGUAUGAAUCUACAUUGGACACAUUACUUUAUUGUAGCUUGUAAAUCUUUGUUUUCAGUGAUUUAGGAUUAAGGCUCCUUGUCAAACUUUUUUUUGUUUUUAGAACUAUAUAUUUUUCCUUUUUAUUAUUUUUAUUCAGUUUUAUCUGUUCCUAACUUUAAAAGGUGAUUAUUGUUAAUUUACAAGGUUAUAUUUAUUCUUAACAUUUCUACUAAAUUUAAGAAUAUUAUGAGCUUUAUAAAAUGAGUAAUCAGACUAUACUGUUUAAUUAUGUUUAAUAUAUCGGGAUAACAUAUAAAACCAAAGGUAUUGAUACAGGUGAAGAACCAAAUGGCAUGAGUUUGUAAAAUAACUUUGAUUAGAUGUAUAUUUAAAAACAGUUGAAUUAAUUGUUUCUCUAACUGAAGUUUCUAUAAUUAAGAAUCACAAAAUUAGAUAGAUUAGAUUUACAUUAACACGUGUGAAAUCUUCAUUGUCCUUUAUAAACAAAUGACGAUAAUGUAUGCAAUUGACUCGCAUAAAAUGAUAUAAAAAUCGAAUUAGCUUUGGAAGAGUAUAUACGAAUUGUUUCUUAGAACUUCCAUCUAUUAAAGAACAGGGACUGAGUUACUUAUUAGGUGUUUAUUUCUGCUGGUAUCUUUGUGCUUUGCACCUGUAUAUAUAUAUGAAUUAUGAAUAAAAUCAAUAGUUCAAACCUUC